AGUGAGUUUUCACCCUUCACUUCGCUCUUUGUGCUGCUUGUGUGCGCGACUCGAGCUGGGGAGCAGCCGGGCAGAUUUUCAGGACAAACGCUGUCGGUGAUCAGGAGCAACAGGAAACUCUAUGAAAUAUUCAGCGAUCGGAGCAGGUUAACGCCACCCGCCGGUCUCUCAGGUCAGGGCAGGGAGAAAGGUGGACUUUUCGCGGGGAUGCGAGCCACCGGCGGGGACUUGCAGUGGGUUUGCUGCCGGUAGCGCACGCGUGGACGGAGCCGAUGUGAGCGGCUGACCCACGGACCCGUGUCCGGUCCUCCACUGAUGGUAGAGCGGACGAUCGCACCAGCGGGCUCGUCGGUACCAAGUUCCCCCCCGGAGCCAAGAUGAUCAGGGCGUUCUUCCCCCUGAAGAAACUGCGGCGAAAUUGCAGAUAUUUUCUGCUUGGGGCAAUCUUGCUGGUCGGAGCUGUGGCUGUCUACAAUGAAUUCAUCGCUUCAAGUGUGUGGAGAAGUGAUAGUAAUUCUGGGAUUGAGGACAGCACCUGGCAGAGACCCAUACUUGACCAAAGUGGUGAAGACAAAAAGCAUUCAGCUUCAGUGGAAGAUUCAGCCGCUUGGAUUUCCCGCUUCAGACCACAAACGUGGAAACCUGAGUUUAUUGGGCAAGCCAACCUGCAUGUGUUUGAGGACUGGUGCGGCAGCUCCAUUGCUGAUCUACACAGGAACAUGCACUAUCCCCUGUAUCCCCAUUCCAGAACCACAGUAAAGAAACUGGCCGUCUCCCCUCAGUGGACCAACUACGGCCUCAGGAUAUUUGGUUAUUUACAUCCCUUUACUGACGGAGACUUUGUCUUUGCUUUGAGCUCGGAUGACAACUCAGAAUUUUGGCUUAGCACCGAUGACUCCCCUCUCAACUUACGCAUGUUGACAUGGGUUGGAAAGACAGGAAGAGAGUGGACAGCUCCAGGAGAGUUUGACAAAUACGCCAGUCAGACUUCCAGACCAGUUUGGUUGACCUCUCGCAGGAGAUACUUUUUUGAAAUUAUCCACAAACAGAACGAUAAGGGAACUGACCACGUGGAGGUGGCGUGGCAGCUCCUGAACCAAGACUUUACUUUUGCUCUCAUUGAAUCCAAUCACAUCUCCCUCUAUGUUAACGAAUCUGCCUUUUUGAUGACCGACGUUUCCCACAUACCACAGACGGCUGCGAGCCACCAGCGCGCCCCCACAAAGCAACUCCGCACCGAAGCAGACAUGCUGAGGGAAGACCCGCGAGACGAGCUUUACCGAGUCGAUCUGAUAAACAACGAGUACCUAGAAGGUGUUCUGCCAGAUUGUUCAUACAAACCCAGCUACAUAAUCAAAGACUUUCCUCUGCUGCGUUACCAAGGACUGCAGUUUGUCCACUUGUCCUACAUCUUCCCCAACGACUAUACCCGACUCACACACAUGGAGACGGAAAACAGCUGCUUCUACUCUGAGAGCCCAGAGUACAUGAGAAUGUAUGGUUUCUCCAGGUACAUGACUUUUGAUCACCCAUUUGAGCAAACCCGGGAGGACAUGGAUUUUGCAAAGUUUAACGAAGAGGAGGAAAACAUAAACAACUACAUUGAUGAGACUGAGAAGAAGAACGAUCGGAAAACAAAAGAUAACGCCCUUUACCCCGAAUACGGAGACAACUAUGACAAUUCUAUUCAGAAGCAAAAACGCUGGCUCUUAUCCUUCGACAACCAAGAACAAAACAGCACAAGGGGCAAACCUUCUGCACCAAGGCUGAACACUCAGGAGCUGCAAGGGAAGCACGCUACACCACAGCCCCCUUUGCUGGUGUCAAUGGAUGCUUUGAAACACCAGCAGCAAAACCAGACGCAGAUUAGAAAGAAGAGCUCUCUUGAAACAAAUAGGAAGAAGAAAUUAAAAGGUUCAGCGCGUCGAAAAAAGAAGCUGAGAGUGAAGCAGCAAAUAGAUGAGGAGAUAAAGGAUGACAAAAAGCAGAAUAAGUCAGAGGGAUUAGCAACUGAGCAGCUCCCUCUUAAACAGCAUCUGAACCUUGUGUCUUCUGAAAAAAAUCAAACCAAAUUCAUUCAGAAAAUCAAAGAUUCGCAGGCUCAAAACACAGCUGGACAAACCAUGGUGACAAAAAGAAGCACAAGAGCACACCAGAAGACGCCAGUAACCAGAAAGACGGAGCUCCGUCCAGCCAACACCAAACAUUUCACGGCGGUCAGUGAUGAUACGGUAAAUCGUGUGGAAAGCAAUCCAGGAAAUUCCAUCAGAGCUAAGGAGAUAGAGCUAAACAUGCCUUUAAAUGGAGAUGAAGAAAAGAGCUUCCACAAAUAUGGGAAGUCUUCCCAAAGAAGGACAAACAAGAAGAGGACACAAACAACGAGAGGAGAGAGGCUGGAGGACAACAACCUCUACAAGUCGAGUGAGAUCAAGACAGAAGCAAAUAACGAAGAAAGAGUGGUUCCGUGGUGGGAAGAGAACAACUUUAAUGCCGAUUAUGAAGACUCGGAGACUCCUGCGCCGGUGUUUGACGUCCAGGUCAACUGGAACCAAACCUUCAAGGUGAACCCCCUGAACCUUCAGCGGCUGCGUUCAGAUUGGAUCGAUCUGCAGUGCAACGUCUCUGGAAAUCUGGUGCUGCCGCCCACCGAUGCUCUGCCGAUAGUCAAGGGUUUCAUGGACAGCUUAAAUGACAAGUAUGAUGGACAGUUCACUCUGGAGCGUGUGGUCAACGUGGUCAAGCGUGCGGACUUGCCCCAAGGAAGCCGCUAUCUGCUGGAGCUGGUGCUGAAGGACGCCAAAGGGCAGCGGCUACGCCUGUCUCGCUACAUCUACGCCCUGAAGAGAUACAGCAAGAAAAACAGCUGGGGUUUGGGUUUCCAGGCGUCCAAGCCCAAGACGGUUCUGUGCAAUCCGGUGGGCUUUCGCUGGGAUCCCUCUGCCACCGUCCACUUCAUAGUACCUGUGAAGAACCAGGCUCGGUGGGUGCAGCAGCUGAUUGAUGACAUGGAGCAACUUUUUAAAGAAACGGGAGACGGAAACUUCAACCUGAUCAUCACGGACUACAGCAGCACCGACAUGGACGUCAGGAAUGCCCUUGAGAAAUCCUCACUCCCCAGGUACCAAUAUGUGAAGCUAAGUGGGAACUUUGAGCGCUCUGCUGGUCUUCAAACUGGUAUCGACCUAAUAAAAGAUGACAACAGUAUUGUCUUUCUGUGCGAUCUUCACAUCCGCUUCCCUCCUUCAAUCAUUGACACCAUCAGGAAGCACUGCAUCAAAGGGCACAUGGCUUUUGCUCCCAUUGUUCUCAGACUGGACUGCGGCACCACGGCAUCAGAAGCCAGAGGUUACUGGGAGGUCAACGGUUUCGGUUUGCUGGGGAUCUAUAAGUCCGACCUGGAUUCAAUAGGAGGGAUGAACACCAUGGAAUUCAAAGACCGCUGGGGAGGAGAGGACUGGGAGCUACUAGAUAGGAUACUUCAGGCUGGGCUGGAAGUGGAGAGAAUCUAUUUGAGGAACUUUUUCCAUUACUACCACUCCAAACGUGGCAUGUGGAAUCGGCCAGUGUCAACAAGCAACAGGUGACCCUGUUACCUGCUGCUGCACCAUGGCAUCACCGUGGUUAAAACCAUGGUAACCGGAGCACUUUAAGGAUGUUUCUUUGGAACACUUGCUGACAGUGGGAGACGGACCUCAGAUCGGGUACUUUCUUCAUUCGCUCAGGUUUUGUUAAAGCAGGGACGGUCACUGCAGGCGAGGAGCUCCUGUUCCAGAGUUUAUUUGAGUGAGCUGACUACUGAGAGGGCAAAUCCCUGACCGUGGGAUCUGACCUGUGAAGAUGCUGCUGCGCGCAACCUUUCAGAUCCUGAUCUGCACUACAAGCUCAGACGCUCGGCACCGACUCCAACAGAGCUAACACUCCAGGGAUGAAUGCAGAAUCACACAAUGCACAGUCCCUAAAGUUUAGAUUUGCUCUGACAAAGACAGAAAAAUGGUUUACGUUUUAAAUGUUUGUGGCUGAGUUAAAAACUAUAGUUUGAGCCUGAUGAUUGCUUGAACAAAGCCUUUCCAGCGUUUUGUCAAUGUAAAAUUUGUUACAUUAUUUUUAUUUGUUUCCACCAGCAGAUAGUUUUUUUUUCUUUUUAGUUUUAGAUUUAAACCUCAAUUUACCUCCUUUUUUGUUCCUAUUACCUAUCUGUUUUUCUCCUUUAUUUAAAGUCUGGAAAGGUUUAUUUUUUUACAUUUUAUUUUAAGUCAAAGUUUAAAUAGAGAGCAGGAUUUAUUUAAAAGUUUUUUUUUGUUUUUUUUACCAGCUCAUUGCCCUAAUGGCAAUUAAAUGACUACUGUUUGUUUUUUUGUUUUUCUCACUACUUCCUUAACACUCCUGUAUGCUAAAGAGAACAGCUAAAGAGCUGCCUAACUUAAAUCGUUUUUUUUUUUUUUUGUCUUAAAUGGCUUUUUUGAACCUUUUUGAAGCAUUACGAUCUCCAUUUUUGCCAAAUCCUGUUUUAAUUUAAUGAACCUCACAGCUGUACUUAAAGUAAAUAUUUUUAUAUUAGAUGGUACUUAUGCUGCUGUGAGGAAAAAAAUAUAUUUAUUUUUCAUACGCAUUUUUCUGGCUGUUCACAUUCCAGUUAAAAAAAUGUGUGCCUUUUCAGUUUGUAAUUUAAAAGUAAUCAAGGUUUUACUGUUUUUGUGUUUUGACCUAGAUUUAUAAAACUUCUACAAGUGGUGCAAUCUUAUUUUUGUGUGUUAUUUACUAAAGUUUUAUUUGUCUUGGAGUUAUUUUUCACUCUGUACUUAUCAAGCUGCCUUUUUUUUUAAUUGAAUCUACUUCAUUUUCUUUUUUGAUCUGCCAAAUCUUUUUUUUUCUUUACAUCAGGACCAGUGUUAGCCUUUGUUGACUUGCUUGGAGUCUCUUCCUGCAGAUUUGUUACACUGCCUGGUCUUACAAAUGACGAAUAAAGUUCUUUGAAGAAAAUUAGAAUUCUAGUUUUAUGUUUGUGCAACAAUAAGAGCUUUCUUUUAGAGCAAUUGACAAAAACUAUUUUUAAUGUUGGAGUCAAAAUAAUAAAACUUGUGGUUGCUUUAACAUUUGUUGUCUCUGCACUCACUGGUGCGUCAACCGAUGAUGCUGUAAUGACGCCAAUCCAGCUUUAGUACAGUUUUCAUUCAAAUUUCACCUGAAGGUUUUAAAAAGGUCAUUUACUUUGAAAUUGACACAUAAAUUUGACACUUGGAAUAAAUCCUUGGAGCUUUUGCAUAGUUUAGUGAAAGCUUACGUGUUUUAUUUUAACCCUGGAGCAUUAUUGUUGAGUGUUUUUUACCCGAGCAAAAGUUUUUCAUGAUGUUCAAUAUGUUGCAUGUUUCUGAGUGUUCCUGGAUAAAGUCUCCAAUGUCCCAGGAAUGAGUAGACCAAAGGACUACUAUCAUUAUUAAUUUUAUUUUAUUUUUUUAGGAUUUUUUUGUUCUCAAAUUCCUAAUUUUUCAGUAAUUCUCAGGUAUGUUUUUAGGAUCUUCCUAUGUUUUUAUUUUCCAUUUAUUACAUAAACUACAGUUGAAAAUAAAAGCAAACUAAUUCAUCAUGUAAUGUCAUAUUUUGAUCUAGUUUUUGUGAAAAAUGCUUUUUAUUGAGCAUGUUAUAUCAGGUUAAAAUUACCCGGUAAAAGUAGAAGUCUAACUUUUUAUAGUGAAAAUGUUCAAAGGUUAAACACAUUUUUCAAUUGUUUUGUAUUUGCAUUGCUUUUGGAUUCAUUCAUUUCCAUUUUGUCUGUACACUUUUGAUUUUAAUAAUAAAACAAACAAAAAAAACCAAUCAAAUUUUUGCUGUAAAAAUUGCAACAUUUACUAUUUGGAAUUUAGUUUUUUUGUACAAUUUGAGGUUUGCUGCGUAAUUAUUGUGAAAUUACAAAAAAAUAUCAGUUAAAAAAA